CGUUGCGUGAUUUUCUUCUUGCAAGUGCUCGCUUCUCAUAAUCGUGAUCGUGGUUGUGAUCGUGACUUACUUAACAUCCUCGUCGUCACUCACCAUUGACGUACGUAUGCUAUUAUUGGCUAAAUUAUCAUCGUGCCGGUGAUAUUUAAUAACCGCGGUCUCUUCUUCGUACGUUAAAUGACGGCGAAGCUGAGCUUAUUAUUUUAUAAACUAAUAAUGAUCCUUACGUGAUAAUCGCCUUAAUUAUUAUUAUUAUUAUUAUUUGUAUAAAUAAUUUAUAUUUUAACUCGUGUUGUUACUCAUUAUUUAGUCAAGCAAACGUGCGGCUGUUUUAAAACCGUAGUUAUAAAUAUAAAUAAAAUUUAUAAAAAAUGAAUAAAUUUUUUUCAAUGGACUGACGGAAUUAUGCGCGAAACGGGAUUCAUAAGGUGUCUUAAGGGUGGGUCUUUAUAUCCUCAAUUAAAUAUUUAUCAGUCUUCGUCAUCAGUAUCGGUAUCGACAUCAACAUCGACAUCGACAUUGACAUCAUCAUUUUUAAUAAAUAAAUAUUUAACGUAUGUCCUUAAAAAUAAGGAGAUUAAUGAAGACGUGGUGGUCAAGAGCAACCCAGUGAUUAGCGGACAUUGUUGUUAUUAUUAUGUAAAAUGGAAUUGAACAAUGUUGUUAAGACAUAAACAUGUUUUGGGUACACUGUGGACUCUUUGUUCUCGUGAUUGCCGUACCUGGAUUUAUUAGCAGUGCCGACAGCACGUCCAAGCGAGAGGCCGACUAUACCUUGGACGAUUCCUUUUGGAAUGAAGAAACUCCCGCCGGCGAGGUCGAACGACUGCUACGUGAAUAUCGACAGAAUCAAGAGCUAGUACGCGAUAUUGGUGCCCAUAACUAUCAGAUAAUCUAUCCGGUACAGUUGAGGCAUCACGAAAAAAUGGGGAUAUCCACCCGAGAAGCCGGAUCGCCAAAGUAUCCUCAGAGAGGCGGAUAUGGAGACGGGUAUCAAUCCGCUCGCGGGAGAUCAAGAGCGGGAAAACAUUUUCAUCGAACUUCGCUCUUGAUAAAGGCCUUCAAUCAUAAAUUUCGUCUAGAUUUAGAAUUAAAUACGCAACUUUUAGCACCGAAUUUGAUGCAAAAGGAUUUCCUGAGCAACGGCGCCGAACAAAUGACAAAGCAGGAAAUCGAGCAUUGUUACUACCACGGUACAGUUAAAGAUUAUCCAGGUGCCAGUGCUGCUUUUCAUACGUGCAAUGGUGUCAGCGGUGUCAUUCACCUAGGUAAUGAGACCUUCGUUAUUCAGCCAUUCUACGGUGGAGAUCUGUCGCAGAGACAUCCUCACGUUAUAUUUGAGGCUCGAACAAAGGCUAACAAAGGCUGUGGGAAUGCCGGGAGUCUUGAGCGACGUGGUGGUAAGAAUCGACGCCAAAAGCAUGUCCUCGGCCUAUCCAAGACUGUCACAGAUCGAUACAAGCGAGAUGUACGCGAGGCCACCAAGUACAUCGAAACUGCCAUGAUUAUUGACAAAGCCAUGUUUGACAAGAGAAACGGAAGCACUCGAUCGGAAGUAGUUCAUGACGCCAUCCAAGUUGCCAAUAUCGCUGAUUUGUACUUCCGUACUCUCAAUACAAGAGUAUCGGUUGUUUAUAUCGAGACCUGGCUGGGCGGGAACCGAGCGGCGAUAGACUCGAACAUGGAAAUCGGCCGCGCUCUCCAGAACUUCAAUGACUAUCUUGUAAGAAGUAUGUACCACGUGACGCCAGACACAACGCAGUUGCUUACAGGCGAGAGUUUUCUCGGUGGCGAAUCGGGUAUUGCUGUACCGGAAACUGUUUGCAGCACAAAAUCUUCUGGCAUAAGCGUCGAUUUGAAUACAUAUGAGCCACAUCUAUUGGCCGGAACAAUGGCACACAUGAUAGGCCACAAUAUCGGCAUGAGUCACGACGACGGAAGAGAGAAUUGCUUUUGUCGUGACUGGCACGGGUGUAUUAUGGCCCAGUCGAUCGUCGGAGCUGAAAACGUCCAGCCCUACAAAUUCUCCGAGUGUAGUAAAUCCGAUUACGAGGAGGCUUUGAAAGCCGGACGUGGUAUCUGUCUUUUCAACAAACCGAACGAGUUGGAAAGCAGAUCAUGCGGAAACAGGGUAAUAGACGAUGGUGAGCAAUGUGAUUGCGGAACCAUUGACGAGUGUCCUAAGUAUGAUCCAUGCUGUGAUCCAAUCACAUGCAAACUGACUUCCGGAGCUCAAUGCGCACGUGGUCCUUGUUGUACUAAUGACUGCAAGCUGCGUCAUCACGGGUACGUUUGCCGAGAAUCGACAAACGAGUGCGACCUGCCCGAAGUAUGCACCGGGGAAACAGGUCACUGUCCUCAGGAUGUUUAUAAAAAGAAUGGUAAAUCCUGCGCAAAUAAUCGCAGCUUCUGUUUUGCGGGUUUCUGUCCCGACUUGGACGUUCAAUGUGAAGCCGUUUGGGGUGAUGACGGCAGCGCUGCAGAUAUGCAGUGCUUCGAACAGUUUAACUCAAAGGGCUCUAUUAACGGGCACUGCGGCACUGAUGCAGAUGGACAUUUUAUCAAGUGUGAAGCUGAAAACGUACGCUGUGGUUCCCUUCAGUGUCAAAGAGGAAGUAAACAACCGGUGAUCGAUGGCAUGCAUGGUUCAUGGACGCGUACCAUUAUAUCUACCAAAGGCAAAGAAUACGAAUGCAAAGCCACCAGCAAAGUUGAGGGGAUCGACGUACCGGGAAUGGGUCUCGUACGUGAUGGUACAUCGUGCGGUGAACACUCGAUUUGCGUCAAUCAAUCUUGCACAAGCUCAUUUUCAUACAUCGAUUUGGGCAAGUGUCCAAGUAAUCAUAACAAUAUGGAAUGUUCAGGCAAUGGUGUGUGUACCAACGUAAACAAAUGUUACUGUAACAUCGGUUGGAGUGGCCCCGAUUGUUCAAUACAAAUGGACAUACCGACAUUAGAACCACUGACAACAACAACUGGGUCGCCUGGUAAAUCAUCUGAAGUCGCGGGAACCAAACUUCAGAAAAAAGAGACCCCCUACGAGAACUACCACGGCUCUAACACUGUAUUUUUAGUUGGUAUGCUCAUGUCGGUGGUAGGGGGUGUUUUCGUAGUAUUUGCUCUGAUGGCUCUCUGCUACAGGUCAGUCGUAGUACAUAAAAACUUCUCCCUCUGUCUCAGACGCAAGAGUACUAUACAGAAGUACGAUCCUCCCUAUUCGAAGAAACCGGCACCGAAAGCUCACAGCGGACCUUCCAGCAAUCAUCAUCCAGAAAUUGUUGCCCUUGAUAAUGUUAACAAAAUCCUUACAUUUGGAACCAUGCCUACUUAUAGCUGUGAUCAACAACGCGUGUUAUUCCAACCACAGACAAACGUGACCGCGGAUGGAUCACGACUCAAGGAACACAAGACGCCGAUGAAGAGAAUGGGUGGAAUGUACGAUGAGGAUGGAGGUACGGGUGCCGAAGACGUUGUCUCUGUCAUUGAUCUACCUAACAGUUUGACAAAGUUACCUGAGAAGGGAAUUUUAAAGAAACACGGUGGUUACGGUCUAGCAGACAGUGCAAUGGUGGAGCGAACAUUAAGUAGUUUAAAUGGAUACCAUGGUGAAUUGAUGGAGGCCCUGAGGAAUGCGACGACUCACCGAGGGAUGUCUGGGACUCCCUCGGGCUCCGGUAACCUCAUGGACGACGAAAUGAUCCGGAAGUCAUUGGCUGAGUGCGGUUACCCUGACGGAUAUCGGAAGGCGACCGCGGAUACGGGCCAAGACAACAUCGACAAUCAAGACGAUGACGACGAGGAAGACGUACCGCCUACAUGCGGACCCAUUCGCAUCCGCACCCUCGAGGACAUUAUUCGUCAAUUGGAGGUCCAUUCAGCCCGACACAUGAGUCCGAAUGGCUCCGAAGAUAUGCGGAUAUCCGAGGGCGAGGGCGAUCGGCACUACCGAAUGGACUCUUCCGUCUGUAGCGAGUCGUCCCAAGGAAGCAGAAGGUGCAGCCGCGGUCGCGAGGAUGAACGAUUCGUCUACGGUCGAUUCCGUCAGCCGUCGCGAAGCCCGUACGGCACUCACCAGCAUUCGCACCAGCAUUCCCACCAAAUGCACGAGGAGGAGGGAAUCUAUGAAACUGCCGAUCCUGACAGAGGCUCAAACACUAGGGGCGAAACGCCCGAUAGCGAAAGUGAUGCAUUUAUUCAAGCUCAACAACAAUUAGCCCGGUGGACGAGUGAGGACGGGGUCCAACAUCGGCCACCUCAGCAGCCGCCACCAUCUCCACCAUCGGCUCAGUUGUCAUCAUCCUCAACGGCGACAACAAUUGGUCCAGUUGCUGUUCAUCAUCAUCACCAACAACAUCAACAUCAUCAACAACAUCAUCAACAGCAACAACAAUCGCCGAUGGAACAACUGCCAAUACAACGCGGCUACUAUCCUUCUCCACCUCACAAUGACAGCGGCCAGCAAAAUAAUUGUCAGUCUCAGCAACAGCAACAGCAACAACAGCAACAGCAACAACUCAAUGGCGAGGCCAUAAAUGCUCAAUCCCAACAACAAAUAAUAAUAAAUAAUAAAUUAUUAAUAAAAAGUCCCGAUGUAUGUGGAAUCGAUGUGAAUCAAUUGCCUAAUAUUAAUAAAAAAAAAAAAAAAUGCCCACUAGACGAUAAUGAUGAUGUUAGUCUAGAUUGUAACAUAAUAAUAAAUAACGAUGAUAAUACCCCUAAUGAAUUAAUUACCAACAACACUAGUGAUAACGAAAAUACUGCCCUAUUACCCCCUACGCAUUUUCCUGAGUACAAGCAUUGAUAUAAAUAAAUUUAAAAUAUAAUUAUUUAAUCGAUGACAGAUAGUGUCCAAGACGAGAAUCGAAUGACUAAAUGAAUAAAUAAAUUAAUUUAAUUAAUAAUAAUAAUUGAUAAUUGAUAAUGAUUAAUGAUAAUGAUAAUGAUAAUAUUUAACAACAAAUUAUUUAAUAAAAUUAUUAUUAAAUAAAUGAAAAAAAAAAUGGAUAAAAAAAUUUAAAAAAGU